UUGUCUUUUUAGUUAUUACAAGCUCAAAUACUAUUGCCACUAAGAUUUGCUUUCAAUGUUUAUUUUGCAGUUGUAAAAAAUGUUCACCUGCAAAGAGUUACAGGUUUUUCUGUAAUUUAUUAUCUUUAGUUCUUAAUUUACCGAAUUAUUCUUACUAACAUACAUACAAAUAUUAUUUGUAUAGGCUUUCUUAAUUUGAAGUACCUAGGUAAGACCUGAGUAGCAGUAAGUCAGUGUAAAUUAUUUUGGAUUUUUUCCAGCACUUUGAUAACAAACUGCUGCAAUGUUGGUUCAAUAAACAGCACAUCAAUAAUACUUAAUAAUAUUUGUAUAAGUGCAAGAUUUGCUUAGUUUGAUACUAGAGGUGCAGUGUAGUCCUAGGAUAUUUAUUUAUUUAUCAUUUCGAUAAAAAAUAGCAUGUGUUAUUAUGAUGCCACAGUUUUCAGCUUUAUGUGCUGUUAUCUGUACUGGUUUAUGAUUGUAAUUAGUUUUUAUUCUAACUAAGCUUAGUAUGCUAGAUAAUAUUAUGUGUAAAUGUAGGUACCUAGUUGUUAUAAAUGUUAGGUUACUUAGCAAGGGUAAAUAGAUAGUUGGUUUGUGGAGAUUUUUGCUAUCUUCUAGUUUCUAGCUAGUAAUUGAUAAUAUUUUAGGUAAUACUUCUUACUUGAUAUUAGAUGAUAUUAUAUCAUUUUAAUAAUGUAAUAAAACCAUUUUUCAGUACUCCAUGUCCCAGCUGCAAUCUUGCAAGCAUUCCCAAAACUGAGUCAAAAACAUGGAGAACAUUUGAUGGAUCUUCCUGCAGUCGAACAAGACAUCCAAGAUCUUCUUACAAAACACCGAAGACGCCAAAGGCAGAGAGGAGAUGCGACGCUAUUGUGGUCCCUACUGAAAGGCGGCCGCGUGGGUUGCCAUGCGGUAAUGAAAGGUUCACAGUUUGCCUGCCACUUGUGAGUAGUUAUAGUGAGGUAGCUAGAGUAAAUUAACAUGUAACAUUUGUUUUAAGGAGAAGGAGGCCGCCGUCUCCUCCGCCAAGGUUUUAGUUUUCAUUUGUUUUGUAGCCAUUUUGGUGUAGCUUGUUGCGGGUAGAUGGAUCUUUGGCAGUCGCUUUUAGUGAAACCUUUAUAUGUAUUUACAGAUUUUAAAUUGGGUCCGACGCAAAAUGUGCACUACUAAUUUACAACUAAUUUUAUAGAAUCAAAUUCUUCAGCCUGUACAUUUGUUUAGAAAAGUGCGCAUUUAAGUACACAUUCUGCGUCAAGACACUCUAAAUUGUUUUUAUAGUGACUGUUAAUAUAGCAAUUAAUGCCAAGUUUAAAUUAAUUGGAAUAAAGGAAGAUCCAUUUACUUGAUAUUUAUAGACGUAAUAUGAAUAGUUUCCUGUUCGAUGACGUAAUUUAAUACAUACUUAUGUACGUAACUAGAUAAGUAAGAAUAUUGACAUUAAUACGAUGUAAAUAAAUGCGAUAGUUUUAGCGACUUUAUUUUAGGCAAAUCGAAUUGUAUUCUUUUAACUUAAAAUUAUUAAGCAGCUAAUUAACUAAUAACUUUUAUUUUUGGGUGACUGAAAUGCCGUUAUUAGCACGUUUUUGUGCUAUUCGUUGCGAAACUUUCAAUUUGUUUGGAAUAUAGUGCGAG